GUAUCCUGAGCUUCAGCUCACACCUUUGGCACAUGUUUCGUGUAGAAGAGAACGUGAUGAGUAAGCUAUACGUUGGAAACAUUCCCGAGGGAGCUAAAGAAAAAGAGCUCAAGGAGCUGUUCGAGGCCUUCGGAAGCGUCGAGGAGGUCGCUUUGCUGAGAGGUUACGGCUUCGUGCACUUCGUCAAGCAAGAGGAUGCCAGCGCAGCGCUGAACGCUCUGGACGACUCUGAGUUUCAGGGUGCCCACAUCCAGGUCCAGUUCGCUCGCACGAAAGGCCACGGGUACGGAAGAGGCAGUGGACCACCGCGACCUCGAUUCAGCGGCGCCGGAGGAAGAGGAUACGAAAGAGAUGGUGCGGGCAGCAAGGGUUACCGCGACGGAUAUCGCGAACGCGGAGACCGCGACCGUCGCUACGCCUAUGACGAUCGGAGCCGAGACUACCGCAGCGGGGGAGGGGGAGGGGGAAGGUACGAAGACUACUACGACCGUUACGACCACCGCUACGACUACGACCGCUACCGGUCCAGCUACGACCACUACCCAACCGAGCACUACUACGACGAUCGUUACCGGGAGCGAGAUUACUACCGUGAGCGAGACUACUACAAGUACCCUGACUACCGUGGGGGAGGAGCAAGUGGGAGUGGGGGAGGACUGGAUGGAAGGGGACGCAGCAGGAGCCCUGGACGAGAAUACUACAGUACCAAAGAUAGGGCAAGCAGCAGCUAUUAUGACAGGGACCCCGAGCCAUUUCGCUCCCGGAGGUGGUAGCAAGUACACGCCGUUUGCAGCAGAGGACAUUACCACUCACCACUAACGCACACGUUUCUCUCAUUUAUGCCCCUGAUGAAUUUGCUGUAAUUAUUUCUGACUUUUUUUUUCUACGCUAUAUAAUUGAUGCAUUGGUGCUAUCUCAAGUUAAUCUCGUCUGGCUCCUUGUACCCCAGUUUCCGGAAGUCUUCCUUUGUCAUUAAGUCUCUGUCCAUUCUACACUGGAGGUAUGCUCUGGACUCGUCUCGACACAGGCUGUUGUCACUACCCUUCUCCUUCAGACACGACAAGAACUUCAUCAUGUGAUCCCUGCACUCUCCUGUGCCCAAAGAGAGGCCAAUGAUAGGUCUCGAGUGGUUCAAUAGAAGCAUUACGGCUCUACCAGCGUACCAUCGUGGUCCAGAGGAAAACUGCCUUUGUCUGGAGGCUUUGGCUUUAGAGCUUUCUGUGAACCUAUGGGCAU